CUCCUUUCCUCUCUCUCCAUCCUCUUUCUCUCUCCUCCUCUCUCUCCAUCCUCCUCCUCUCUCCUCCUCCUGUACCAGUCGUGUGCACUCACUGUGGAGAGGCAGUCCUACGGAGGGAAAGCAAGCGAGUGUGUGUGUGUGUGAGAGAGAGAACGAGUUCCUGUUCCCGUAGCGACGCUGGGAUACCAGUCAGCAGCAUGACACCCUGAAUCAGAGCAAGACACCAGCAACCGACUGAGACCUGCGAGGAGAGAUGGUGAGAGAGUGACCAUCGGACAGCCAGCAGCGAGACAGACUGAAGACUACACACACCUUCUCAACACACACUCCUGCCCUCACACAGCAGCGAGACAGACUGAAGACUACACACACCUUCUCAACACACACCUGCCGUCAGACAGCAAGCAGCAGGACAGACUGAAGACUACACACACCUUUUCAACACACACUCCUGAAAGGUUUACUGCCAACAGAACACAACAGAACAGCGUUCCAACUGCACAGACACGGAGGCCACAUCUGAGGGUGCAGCAGCCUACAGCUCCUCUGGCCGUACAUGGAGACCCCCAGCUGGGCAGAUUCUAAAGCAGGCAGUGCGCUGUGUAAGUCGGGCACCAUUGCUGUGAUUGGAAACGUGGUGUACGGGGGGCUGCUGACUGAUCUGACUGACCUCUGGCACUUCGGGGUCCCCCUCCUCACGAGACUGGGUAACCAGGAGGCAUCCGCCCCGAGCGAGGCCAUGGCGCAGGCGUUUGUCCCCCCUCAGUACCCACCCCCGCCCCCACAAAGCACCCUGACAGGGGACUACGCCCACCCCACCCCCGACUUCAGCGGACCCAGCGCAGUCCCUGAGCACUCCGCACUCACCAUCUACACACACACCGCGGCCAGCCACGGAGACAGCAGCACAGACGCCAACACACCCAACAACACCUUACCAGCAGAGGAGGUGGCGCAGACAGAAGGUUCCCAGCAGCUGCAGUCGGACUCGUCGGAGAAGCAGCAGCCCAAACGACUCCACGUCUCCAACAUCCCCUUCCGCUUCCGAGACCCAGACCUGCGGCAGAUGUUCGGGCAAUUUGGGAAGAUUUUAGACGUGGAGAUCAUUUUUAACGAGCGAGGCUCCAAGGGCUUUGGCUUUGUAACUUUUGAAAUGAGCGCAGACGCAGACCGAGCUCGGGAGAAACUUAACGGUACAAUCGUAGAGGGACGCAAGAUCGAGGUCAACAAUGCAACAGCAAGAGUAAUGACGAACAAGAAAGUUGCUAACCCCUAUACAAACGGCUGGAAGUUGAAUCCGGUGGUGGGAGCUGUCUAUGGUCCUGAAUUUUAUGCAGUGACGGGGUUUCCCUACCCAGCCACAGGGGCGGCGGUGGCAUACAGAGGCGCUCACCUGCGAGGGAGGGGCAGGGCCGUCUACAACACAUUCCGGGCCGCCCCCCCUCCCCCUCCCAUCCCCUCCUACGGAGCUGUUGUCUACCAGGACGGCUUCUAUGGCGCAGAAAUCUAUGGAGGCUAUGCAGCAUACAGAUAUGCCCAACCAGCUGCAACAGCUGCAGCAGCCUACAGUGACAGCUAUGGACGAGUCUAUGCAACCGCGGACCCCUACCACCACACGCUGGGUCCUGCAGCCACCUACAGUGUGGGCACCAUGGCUAGCCUUUACCGAGGAGGGUGCAGCCGGUUUACGCCCUACUAGAGAGGGACAAGCAACAGCUCUCUCUCUCUCUCUCACACACACACACACACACACACACACACACACGCCAGCCUGCACCAAGGAGGGUGCAGCCACUUUGUGCUCUACUUGAGAGGGAGAACACACACACACGCACACACAUUCACACACUCACAAAGAUACGUACAUACAAUCUUGUUCUCCUGGGAUGCUAAACUCAACUAAAUGCUUCCUGGUCACCUAGACCAAUCCAGCGUCUCCUGCAGAAAAUAGCAAAGACUCAAAAUGGCUUCAUAUCUACACACACACACACGCAAAACACACACACACACACACACACAUUCUACACACAAGGUCUAAUCUGGUGUACUUGUCUGAUAUCGCUACUUCUAAUGUCGAAUUUUCUGGAAUCUGUUUGUGUAUUUCUUCUGUAUUUCGUUUGUCUCUCUGAAAUGUUUGUGUGCGUGUGUGUGUGUGUGUGUUGCGUAUGUAUAUGGGCUGAAGUGGUCAGAGGUGGGAGAUUUAUGAGUGUGA